AUGAGGCGGAUUUUUAUGCCGUGGUCAAAAGAAUUGCCGAAGGCGCUGGUCUGCUCUGCCUAUCACGUCCGCCAGAUCUGGAGGAGAGGGGUGAUCUGGACGACUGCAGUGAGGACGGCGAUGAGCCCUACGAGGAAACGCAUGGGUUUUGGGAAGGAGAAGCAAAAGAAAACCCGGGACAGGCGUAACCUGUACGAGGGUUUCCAGGAGAGGAUUCUCGUCGGCCUGAAGCCGCUACUACGAGGACACAUGUUCGUAGCCGUCUGCCCCUGGUCGGGCUGCUGCUGGCUAGGAUACCUCGACCAAGAGAAGGACGCCGAUGCAAUGGCCACCUUCUUGCGCGACGUUGUGCUUCGCGAGGUAGAGGGCAUCAAGGGGAGCUGGACGCCCACUCCCGAGGACCGCUCAAAUCCUGACAGCGGAGAGGUCAGCAUGGGCAUCACCGAGAAACACGGCAGCGUUUUCAAGGUGCUGGAGCGGUCUUUGGUCUCGGCGCGAGCACGCGACCAAGGGCUGCUGCACGUCUGA